AGCCUAAAGAUGUCAACGAUCUGUGCUUUGGUGUUAAUGACAACCCUCUCCCUGGUUUUUGCGGAGGAACAGAAGCCUGAAGAUGACCCAUUCACUUUUGACUACCACAGACUGCGUGUUGGAGGUCUGAUUCUAGCAGCUGUCCUUUGUCUCAUUGGAAUUACCAUCCUGCUCAGUGGCCACUGCAGGUGCAAGUUUAAGCCGGACAAAAGGAGGAGGGCAGGAAGCAACACGCAGGCAAUGCUGAACGACCAAGGUCGUGCCUGUGAUUGUUAG